UACUAUUUACUCUGGCUUGAAUACCUAAUUAGCUUUACUUGAAUUGGCCCGCUUCGCUUUCUUUAUGCUCACCGGUGCAAUUCGCUAUUUGCUACGGAUGCCGUCGGCUGAAGUCUUUCACCCCCGGCAAGUUCCUCGAAUCCAACCCCGCCGCCAGAUAAGAAGUCAGCACGACAGCGACUGACGCUCUAAAAAAAAAAGACGCGCGAUCGGAUCCGACGCGGCGGCGGCCAGAAAGACGGUGUCAAGAGUCCAUCUGGGAUGCUCUUUCUCCGACAGAUAGCUAACCGAGGCAAGGUGGUGCUGCGGUUGAACGGCUGAAUGGCUGGAGGUGCUCUACGUCACUCACCAUAACGACCAAUUCUAUACCCAUGCCCGCAUCUCCGCGCCCGCAGCACCGCACCUCCCACACCUGCGUGACCUGUCGCGCGCGCAAAGUUCGCUGCGACGGCCGGCGGGGGAUCUGCACCAACUGCGAGAGGCUGGGCUUCGCCUGCUCCUACGACGAGAAUGUCGCCAUCGAGGUCGUCGACAUCCCCGGCGGCACGAGCAUCAGCGUGCCCAGGCGCCGCGUUCGCCAGGCCUGCCUGAGCUGCCACGCGAAGAAGGCGAGAUGCAGCGGCCAGAUGCCCAAGUGCGACCGCUGUCGCGUCCAGGGCCUCGACUGCGUCUACCGCCCGGGCAAGCGGUCGCUCGGCACAGCCGCUGCCGCCUCCUAUGCCGCCGCCUCGAUUGGACCGACUUCCGCAGAUGCGGCGGGCGCUCGGGACUCGGCCAACCCCCGAACUCCCGACGAAUCGAACAGCCUCGCCUCCUUCGACCGCGCCAUGUCCACCCGGAGCACCGCAAGUCCCGUCGGGUCCAACCUGGAGCUUGGCUGUCCCGACCAGAACUUCGACGCCCUCGCCUUGCGCGCCUUCGACAAGUUCUUCCGACACAUCCACCACAUCCCCAUGUUCUCCUUUCUCCACCGGGCUUCCCUCAUGGAACGCUACCACGCCGGCCUUCUCGACCGGCCGCUGCUUCUCUCCCUGAUCGGCCUCACAUCGCUCUUCACCGACCUCGGCCCCGGCACAAAGGAGUACGGGGCGAGAUGCAUCGACGAGGCCGUGGCCCUGAUAAUGCGCGAGUUUGAGAGGCCCUCGGUCCUCCGCCUCCAGGCUCUCAUCAUAAUAACAAAACACCGCAUACUCUCGCGCCGCUUCUCCGGCGCCUUCAUGCUGCACGCAAUCGCUUGCCGCUUCGCGACCGCCCUGCGACUCAGCCACGAGAACCCGACCAUCUGCUUCCUCGCGCAGGAGUCGCGCCGCCGGCUCAUGUGGUCGUUAUAUAUGGUCGACACCGGCAUCGCCAGCGGACAGGUCGAGUUCGCGCUGUGGCCAGAGCCGGAGAACCAGAUACAAAUCCAGUUGCCGUGCAAUGAACGCAACUUCGAGUUCGACCUGCCGGAACCGACGGAGCGUCUGAGGUCGCCGCCCACGAGCCCCGACGGGUCUCUGCCACCGCUGCCAGACGCCAUGGGAUUUCUUGCACUGCAUGUGCGCAUCCAUUGGCUCCGGUGCAGGAUACAGCAGUACACCACGGCGCUGGUUGCGAACCCCACGGUUGAGGCCCUCUCCCGGUUGCCGUCACGGUGUUCCGAGUUGGCUGCUGAGUUGGAGGUAUUCGCUGCGAGGUUGCCGCUCUCUUUCCGCUGGUCUGAACCCAACCUCAGACUGCGGACGUAUUCCCCGAGAUUGGGCAUCUAUAUAAUGACGCAUAUCUGGUGGGAGCAAUGCCACUGUGACCUAUAUCGGCUCUGGCUUCCCGGCUUCCGAGAAGCCCUGCCAGAUAGCCUGAUCAACCAGAUGAACGCCGAUUUUGUCAGCCAUUGUCGUCGUCAGUGCUACGAACACGCAAGGACAAUGGCCGACAUGUUCGCCCAGGUGCUAGCCCUGGGCAACGAUAUACCGAUAUCAGAUCUGGAUCUCCCGGUGUGCGCGUACCAGUGCGCGAGGAUGCUGUUCCACGGGUUCCGGAACAGCGCCAUGGAGCUGGGGAUGACGGCCGAGAGCGUCCAGGAGCUGGCCGCCGUGUGUUUGCGAGUCGCGAAACAGUCCACAGCCGGCCCGGCGUCAGAGAGCAUCCAAGCCGAUCUGGAGAAGCUCAUUGCGGAUGGUCCGUUCACUUCAAAUAACUCUCAAUCGAUACGUCCGAGAACGGGCGGCAACGCGGCACCCAUUCUCGGGCAUCCAAUCAUGAACAGCAUCGAGACGUCGACUCCCACGCCAACACCACAACCCCCGGCACUGUCCCACCCCCCGCUAGUAGCACGACACCAGAUGGGCAUGGCGGCGGUGCAGGCUGGUGGUGGUGGUGGUGGUAGUGGUGGUGGUAACGCAGGUCUCGGCAGCCUGCAACAGCAGCAGCAGCAGCAGCAGCAGCAGCAGGGCCCCUCCCCGCCCCUGCCAUCCGAGGAGCAGUCCGGCGUGACGCAGUCGGGGGCCGAAUCCACGGCGACACACGUGACGACGGGGAGCAACGCGUUCGAGGGCGCCCUGGACGGGUUUGAUUUUGGAAACCUCGACUCGUUUGGUCUCGAUCCUGCCUUGUCGUUCUCGGGGGAGUUGCUUGAUGCGGGUUACCAGCAGAUGGAUAUAUAGGUGGUUUUUUUCCUGUUUUUCUUUUUUUCUUUUUUUCUUUUCUUUCGGCAAUCCAUAGAUUACCACAUCGGCGGGCUCUUUUGCGAAAAUUUUCCUCGUGUACUGUACAUACCUUUUUGAUUCAUUGCACGGGGUAUGGCGUUAUUUCUUGCAGGCAGACAGCUAUAAAAAAUAAUAAAAGAGAAAAGAACCCAAAAGAAUGAAGCAUUGCGCAC